GGCCAGAGAGUGGUAUAAAGUCCAAAGAAUGAGCUUCUCCCCCCUUCAGUGCAGAGCGUGCCCCUCGCCGGAGAACAGGCUCUCUGCUCCGCCAGCAACGCCGGGCUUCGCAACCUUUGCCUGUCGGUGCCUAACCUCCCAGUGACGCCUGCCCGCCUGCCAUGCCCUCGGGGAGGCCGCCUGUCUCAGUGCUGCUGCUGCUGCUGCUAGCCCAGGUGGGCUUCUCCGUGAGCCUUGAGGCCAUCCAGUGCCCUCCAUGUUCCGAGGAGAAGCUGGCCCGCUGUAGGGCGCCUUCUGGAUGCGAAGAGCUGGUGCAGGAGCCUGGCUGCGGCUGUUGUGCCACUUGUGCCCUGGCCAAGGGGAUGCCCUGUGGGGUCUACACACCGCGCUGCGGCUCCGGGCUACGAUGUUAUCCGCCACGGGGAAUGGAGAAGCCCUUGCACACGCUUAUGCACGGCCAAGGGGUGUGCAUGGAGCUGUCUGAAGUCGAAGCUAUCCAAGAGAGCAUCCAGUCCACAGAGCAGGAGGAGGUUGAGCUCCACCAGACCAACUUCAGCCCCUGCCUCAGCCACGACAGAAAAUGCCUCCAGAAGCAGCAAGCAAGAGCACGCGACCGGAUAAAUAUUAGUGUCAAGAUGAGGAACAACGGUAACCUACCUGUCCGGGAGGACACCCGGCCAGUGGUCCAGGGCUCAUGUCAGAGUGAACUUCAGAGAGCACUGGAGAGAUUAGCAGCUUCUCAAACCCGAACUCACGAGGACCUGUACAUAAUACCCAUCCCCAACUGUGACCGAAAUGGGAAUUUCCACCCCAAGCAGUGUCACCCAGCAUUGGAUGGGCAACGAGGGAAAUGUUGGUGUGUGGAUCGGAAAACUGGGGUGAAAUUGCCAGGAAGUCUGGAGCUGAAGGGAGAGUUGGAUUGCCAUCAACCUGCGGAAGGAGUGCAGGAGUGACUGGACCGAUGCUAAGUGGACAACAAAGCUUUCCUUGAGGAACUGCCAGGGAAACUAAUGGUGCUGUGUGAGCAGAUGGAACACAAAUGGGGAAUGUUACCACAAUACUUUUUUUUUCAUGAGGGGAGUGAUAAUGGCAGUAGCAUCUGCCCUCCCCCCCGCCCCAUAACUGCAUUAAUUCAAGCAUGAUGUGACUUAGUCAACCCACAUCUUUUUGGGUGUUUAAUUGGAUAGCUAUUUGCAACCAUGGCUCAUUCUUCACAGACUCUGGAAAUUACAUUCCAUUUGAAUGACCACCGAUGACAAAAAAAAAGAAAAAGACCUACAAGCUUUAAAAAGUACAGUGAUGGGUCUUGUGAGAGUUUCCCCAGGUAGGCUUACUUUUGCUUUCGGCACAAACCGCUGGAGAAUUGUUUCUUCUUCAAGGGUUUCUGCUGAGAAAAGGAAAAGAGGAAUGGAUGACAGAGAGACUUUUCUCCACCUUUUGGGGGGCUCCCCCCAAAAACAAACUGACUAAAAGGUGCCUGGACCUUUUCCCAUCCUAGUGUUCCCUAAUUCUUUGGGGGAAAGGGGGAAGUUAAAUUGGGCGUGGGGGUGAGGUGGGACAGAAUCAGGCUUAUUGGGAAGGCUUCGUUUUUCAGCCAGGACUCACUAAAACAACAACCCAGGGGCUUGUUUUCAAUGCCAUGGCUCAGUCCUCGAAUAGGCAAAGCAAUAAUAAAGAACAGAGCGAUUUUGAAUGUGUGAAAAGUGCACCUUUCAAACCAAAAGAGCAAAUACAAUCUGCUCUCACCCCCACAUCUCUAGAUUAUAAUGCAGACAACAAAUGUGGAGCUUCCAAGCAGGGUUAAAUGCUCCCUUUUCUUUGUUUUCAUUUAAGGAAUUAAUUGUGGUUAUCAGGUCAUAUUAAAAAGCAGAUAUAGGACUGCAUAAGCAGGAAAGUCCAGAUCAUAAAAUAAGAGCACUAUAAAUAACCUUCUGGAACAUCAAUCCUUAAUCCUUCAUUUAAAAAAGCAGUAAAGAAAACAAAUUAUUAUAAUCUGCCUGACAUUCUGUUGCCCUCUGAGCAAUGGGAACCUGUCACCUUACUUUGGAAACAAUUUGGCACCCUCGGGAUCCCAGCAUUCAUGAAAAAAAGAAAAGCAAGUUUUGAGUACUUCUGGUUGCGUAGAUAUUUUUUAAAACUGUGUAAGCAGUAAAGCUGAGCAAGAUUUCGAUGGGCAGCAGAGGGUGGGGGGUGGCCCUGUGCCCCUUCCCAUCACCCACAAAAUGAAAGACAUGAGAAAAGUCAGUAUAUGCAAAAAUGGCCUAAUCGGUUUAAUUUAUAUAUGUAGCAGGAUUUUGCUUUGUCCCUCCACUUCUCUAGGUGCAAAGUGCAUUCAGUUCUGAUGAUAAAGAACAGCAUAAGGACAGUAGUAGUUCCAAGUCAAAAUCCGAACGGGCAGACUAGGGGGCUUCUGCCUAGCCUUAGACUCCACUGUCCAGCACUGGUGGAAAGCAGCUGCCCCCCGCCUGCCAUUUCGAGAAUUUCUAUGCAUUCUAGUUAUAGGAGCAUAACAGGUAGUGCCACCAGGCAGUCUUUGCAGUGUGAGAAUGACUUGUUCCCGUUAGCAAGUGGACCAGAUCCCAUUUCGGGGAGUAGGUAGCUCUUUAUCAGAUACAGCUGUUCCAGUGACCGGCUCCAGAUCAGGGCUUCCCUAAAAGUUUCCAUACACGAUCAGCAAAACCAUAUGAUGUAGCUUUUGCUGGUCUGCAUCUCUUCAGUCUAGGUGGAGGAAUGACAUUUGAAACGGUAUCCCAUACAAAAACUUUCAGCAUGUAGAAAAGUAAAAAAAACCUCAGCUAAACCUUCUUCCCGAAAUGACAGUACUUUAAAUGGGUAUUUU